CUGCGGUUGUCAACCUGCAGUAAAACCAGAGUAACUGACAUUGCACAACGGAUUAGUAAGUUGAAGUGGCAGUGGGCCAGCCAUAUAGCUCUAAGAACCGACAACCGAUGGGGAAUAAAGGUUCUCGAGUGGCAGCCUCGUACCAGCAUGCAAAGUGUAGGGAGUCCCCCCACUAGAUGUAGUGAUGACCUGGUAAGACAUGCAGGAAGUCAAUGGAUGCAGCUUUCUAACAUUUUUUACAAAAAAGCAUUUUGUUGCAUUCAUUUUAUGUUAAAACUAGCUGUUCCCCGCGACUCCGCCCGCUUGGAAUUUAUUACGAUUGGAUUUCAUGGGUUUACAUUUUCUUGCGUGGAACCCUAA